UCAGCUGCUACGGGCAUCCAGCUGAUCGGAGAGGAUCGCGGCGUCCGUUUCGCUUUGCAAUGAAUUCGAAUCUCAGAGUCGUUUUGUGAAAUUCUUCGGGACGCUCCGCGAGAGUCCGGAUCUCUCAGUCAGUCUCUCGAAAAUGCUAUCGCGAUCAAUGAAUUUGCCGGCGGUCAUCCAAGAAGCGCUCGGUGUCGGAACAUCGGCUCCAACUCCGGCAGUGGUUCCGAGCGACUUCAACUACCGGAGUUUGAACGCCGGCCUCCCUUUACUCCUAGCCACAACGGAUUGCAUGGAGGAUCUGUACAACCGGACCAGCCUCAAUGGAACAAAAAUCAAAUUUUGUGACGGACACAUCGCUGAACUCUACGCGAACAUGGAGAACAAGACGAUGUCCCUGGCCAACCUCAAUAUGAAUUUGGGCUCCAUGAGAGAGAUUUCGACCCAGUUGGAGAAAACCUGGACCCUCAUGAAAUCUGUGAAACGCACACUACAGGAAUGCGACGCGGCCUUGCUCAUCAUGGAGGAUACGAUGGAGAUGGUGAAGUCCAGACGAUGCCAGCUUGAAGUCCAACAGAUCAAAGACCGCAUGCUUAAGGAGGAGAGGCAGAGGAUUUUCGAAGAACAAUUCAAGAACGACCUGGAAAGAUUCAAGGAGUCAGGCCAGCUCGAGACACCGGUCUCCCAUUCCGUGUCACCAGUGAAUGAUCUUUCAGAGAUCAGUCUCGAUCAGAACGAGGAAGAAUUGCACGCGUUUAAUCAAUUCUUGGAAUCGAGUGGCGAGCAUUCGAUCGAGGAGGAUGAUCAAGAUUUGAGUAAAUGUCAUGAUCUUUGA